GCAUGCUCAGAAGCGAGCCGGCUGCCAGGCAUUGCGGUUCUCAGUUUCCUUGCUGCUCCGUCUGGGGUUUUUCUUCAUUCGAGAUUUCUUUCACUUGUUUGUUUUUCGAAAUUGCCCAGUGUGCUAUCGUGACCACUUUUCUUGUGAUGAUCAAAAACUAGUGUGUGGCUGAUUUUUCUUUUUUUGAAAAAGAGUACUGGACCAUCAUAAAACUUGGAUCGUGUGCGCGUGUGGAUCGACUGUUAUCGGGUCAACACAUUACCCGCAACACUCACACACCACCUCCAUUGGAUUUUCGUUUGUUUUGCAUCCACGUUUCACGGAAUACUUUUUGCUGUGUGUGUGUGUGUGUUGUCUCCAUCGGAUAAAACUUCCGUGUCAACGGUUAAUAAAUGAAACUCUUUGAAUAAGCCAGGUGACGUGUCGUUGUUUGCAGAAUUUCAACGUGUCGUGAAAGAAACACAACAAUAAGAGAGACAAGCAUCAGGAACAACUUUUUCAGAGUGAUUGUUUUUUGCACGCGUUAACCAUCCCUCUAGUGGAAGCCAACAUUUCCGGCCCAACAUCAAUUCUUUUUGAUUAAAUCACGAAGCUCUUGAGCUCGCCUUGUGGACAUCUUCGAACAAGGUUCGACUGGCACACAUUUCCUGCGGCUCUCCCGCUGUUCCAAAUAGCUGAGCAUAAGCGCCAAAAACGAACGCUGCAGCAUCUGCAGGUCAUUCGACAGAGGGAAGAGCCCGGAAGUUGCGGGAUUCCUAUCAAGGAAUAGAGAAUAACAAUUGAUCAGCCGUCCGUCGUAUCGUUAACCGUCGCAAUCGACCUCUUCGUUCAACAGGAUAAGUGACGAGACUGUUGUACGUGCAACAACCCGUUUUCUCGCUGUUCGUCGGCUGUCAUGGUGAGUCAUUAUGAUCAUCAUCAUUUCUCUAUAGCAGCCGGCAUUUUCAUCGAUUCCGUAAGCAUUACGUAUAGUAACCGAUUAGAGAUGAGCAACCGCAACAUCAUCGAGACAUCCAGCGACAUCAUGGAUCAUCACAAUCAACAGUUUAGACAAUCGUCACCAUCCCCAGCACCGACCAGAAGACCAGAUUCACAUUGGCUGCGGUGGUCACUCGUGGUUUUAGCUUUCUUUUGCUGUGUGGGCGUAUCGAAUGGACAAAAUUCCGCCAACGGCCAACAAGUCCGGCACGCACAGAGAUUCGAACGUGAACCUGAAGACCAAACUGCCGUCGUGGGUGAGACGGUCGUCAUGGCUUGUCGGGUCCUUAACAAGGCCGGCGUGCUCCAGUGGACCAAGGACGAUUUUGGUCUAGGCAGCGACCGCAAUUUGAGCGGAUUCGAACGAUAUAGCAUGAUUGGCACCGAAGACGAAGGCACUUUCUCCUUGCAGAUUCGACCGGUGACGUUAGAGGAUGACGGCCGUUUCCAGUGUCAGGUUAGCCCAGGCCCUGAAGCGGCUUCAAUGGCUAUCCGUUCGCGUUAUGCUACUCUGGCCGUCACCAUCCCUCCCGAGCCUCCUCAGAUCGUGCAGGGUUCGCAUUUGAUCACGACGGAGGAUCGAGAAGUCGAAUUGGAAUGCCAAUCUCGGGCUGGCAAACCAGCAGCUGAGAUUAUUUGGUUAGACGGGGAUGGUAAUUUGAUAACCAACAAUGUGGAAGUCUUCAAAGAAGUGCUGGCCGAUGGCAAACGUACCAAUGUCAAAUCGGUGUUGAAACUAUCACCGAAGAUGCACUACCACAACAAAAACAUCACCUGUCAAGCUCAGAAUGCGGCCGAACGAUCACCUCGAAGCGUUUCGCUGCUGAUGGAGGUCAAGUACGCACCGAAAGUGACCGUCACACUGGAGCAGGAACGGAUAGCCGAGCUGGAAUCGGUCCGUUUGUCAUGCCACGCUGAUGCCAAUCCACCCAACGUGAUUUAUAAGUGGUACAUUAACGACGAGAUCGCACACGGUGACUAUUCAACCGAAUUGAUCAUCGCCAGCGCUAGCCGCCAGCUCAAUGACGCCAUCGUCAAAUGCGAAGUCACCAACGCCGUCGGCAAAGGCGAAGACAAUCAAACGCUUAGCGUUCACUACAGUCCCGAAAUCCGAAGCCGACCCGCUAACGUAGAAGCCGAUAUCGGAGGUAACGUGACACUGCGUUGUGACGUGAAUGGAAACCCAGAGCCUGAAAUCAGCUGGACUUUCGAGGGUUCGAGGCGUGUUCUAAGUACCGGGCCAGCCUAUACUUUCUGGAUGAAUCAUGACAUGGCCGGCAAAUAUACGUGCACGGCACGUGUGCCUGGUUUUGCUGAAGUGUCAGCGGACGCUCACGUUUUCUUGAAAGGUCCCCCAACUGUUAGGAGUAAACGGAUCCAAUUUGGUCUCGAAGGAGACACGGUGCGCAUCGAGUGUGUAGCGUUUGCCAUCCCUCGGCCGUCUAAAAUAACAUGGACACACCGGGGAUACGAAAUCGAUGCCGGUGAUCCUUAUGUAACGUUUAAUAACGAUCCGCUUCCGGACGGUGUGCGCAGUACAUUAAUCAUCCGCGAAGCAAACGACAAGUACUUUGGCUCUUACAACUGUUCGGUAGCCAAUGAUUACGGCAUGGACGCAGCCGAAAUUAUUCUCCGAAAAGAAACUGGGAAUUUGCAAUUGUUGUUCAUCUCUGCCGGAGUCGUGGGUGGAAUCGUGUUAUUAAUUGCUUGCGUGAUGGUCAUCGUCGUAUGCCAAAGAAGAUCCAAUAAGAAAGUAGAAGAAGGAGACAAAGGCGAUAGGACGUCGAAACAGUCGGAUCAAACGUCCAACAAUGAUUCCGACUUGAAAGUUGACAUCAGAACGGCAUCGUCGUUAAGCAAUCCACCGGAAUCGGAGCAAUGGGAUGACAGUAGUGAAAGGAUUACACCUCGGGCUGUCAUCACCAACGGAGAUGCUAUGUAUCGCUAUGCUCCCGGAGACUAUACCGACGCCCAAUGUUUCCCACCACCCAAAGCCGAAGGUCACAACAACAACGGAUACGUGCCUUAUGUCGAUUAUGGAAGAGACUACAAUCCCGCAUUCGCCGGCGUAUCGAACAGUCAAGCCUCAUUGUAUGCCACCAACCCUCACACGGUUAUACCAAUGACGGGCAUUGAUCCGCGCUUCUCGGCCGCUUACGGCAAUCCCUACUUAAGAAGUUCGACGACGUCGCUACCGCCACCCCACUUGAACGGUGGUUUGGCGACAUACGGGUCGGUCAGGAGCGGUCCAGCACCUCAAGUCGCUCCUGCACGGACACCACCUCCAUCGGCCGUGUCUCCUCAUUCUCAGUAUAUCGUGUCAAACAAAGCCCAGCUCAAACCGGGUACUUUGGCAACCCACGUUUAACACAGAAAUUGCCCAUCAUAUUGUAAACAAAUCCUUUUUUUUUUUCCCUCUCCCUUGUUUCAAACCGUUUUUCAUUCGCCCUUAAUCUUUAUAUAUAUAUAUGCAAGCUAACCAGUUCAUUUUUCAUUGAAAACCUUGUUAGUUUUGUUUGAUUUUGGUUCUUUAUUUUUGCUGAUGAACCAUGUUGUGUGCCGUCGCCAGUCAGCCUCUUGUUUCCUCUUCGACGACUUCCAACGAUCUUGAUGAUGACGCAGAUGGCAGAGGCUACUCAAACCAGAUUAUUUUUUUUUUUUUAAUAUCAUGUACUUUGCCGUGCGUGUCAGGGCGCGAACGUCUAUUCACUUUUCUCGGUCGAGAAAAGUUUACAAUGCGGGUCAAGGUGUCUAAACGCGGAAUGCCGAAAAGAAAAGACAAUGGCAAACGUUUUGAGCCGUUGAUCUUGUAACGACAGUCAAAACAAUUGUUGUCUAUGAGCUAUAAAGAGAAACUUGAAAUUAUUUUUCUUCCGAAUUUUGAGAUUGGUUCGUGACUUGGAAGAAUUAAGCUCUUCGUGGUAUGUUCCGCAACGCGCUUGGCACAUAACACAACCACACAACUUCCUUGCCACUAAUGUAAAUAAAUGAAAGAGGAACUCCGGUCACCUCUUUAUCUUGUGUUUUCGAUUCUCGACUCGCGAGGUUGUACAAAAAUCCUCUUACAAGUUUGUGCUGUAAAUAUUUUUCAUUGAAUUCAAGAUAAUGCUGCCCGUUCAUUUCGUCACCAUUUCCGACUAUUUAAUCAGCCCAAGAUGCCAAAGUUCCUGUGUUAAGUCGAUAAUCGAUCAAUCACAAACGGGCAAUGAUUUAAUAUUCUUCAUAUACCGUAAGAAAUUUAUAGCCACGGCGAGCAAUUUUUGUAACAUGUUCUGCUGAUUUUUUUGGCUCGAUUAUCGGAAGAAAAGACUAUCAAAUGGUGGACACGAUUUUUUCAUGUAUACAGAUUGGCCGAUUUCGUACUUGUAUGAAUUGAAUACACAAUGUGUUGACUUCUGAAA